GUGAAAGUAAAUUUAUUUGUGGCUUGUUGCAUAUCAUUCUUUACAAGAGAAUUAACUCUCAAAAAAUUAAAGUUACAUACAUAUGAACAUAUAUCUCUGGAAUAUUGGAUUUGUAUUGCAAAUAUUAGUUACUUAAGUUUUUUUCUCAUCCAUGGCGAGUUUUAAUACGGCCAAUUGACAGUUUGAUAAUUAUUAUUAGCCGUUAUACCAUUUCUUGUUUUCAACUUCCCUUAUUGACAUGCAAUUUCCAUCAAAGAUGUGAAAAGUAUGUACAUAUGUUCCCAACUUGCCAAGUACAACAUGAAUUACACUGGUGUUUUGCCGUCAAGGCCCUGCUGAGGAUACAAGUAGCUUUGCUUUUUACAUUAUAAAAUGAAAUCAAUUUUAACUCUUGAAAGUGUGUUUAUAAAUUAAAAGUUAUUUGUCUUCAUAUUUCAUAAGCAAAAUUUUAAGUGUGCCAAAAGUUUAAAAACAUUUGACAAAAAAAUAUUGAAAACUAAAUAGUAAACCUUUAGCGAAACGAGCAAUAAGCAAAGCGAUCAUCGCGUCAUUUCUUUAGUUUAUGGAAAGCGGUUUCCAUUCUACACAGCAAAAGCUAGAGGAUCAGCCUACUGAGCCAGUUGAAGAGGAAUAUUUAAGUAGCAACGCGAUCGAUCAUCGCACGCCAAAGAAUAGUCGACAACGUUUGAUUCCGCUGACCCAACAAGUGGUUAACGCUAUGAUGGAUUUUAACGGCUCCCAAUCGAGCACCAGCGUCUCGGAAAAAAACUUCUACAACACAUUCUCGAUAACUUGUUUGGUGCGCGAAGAGGUGCAAAACAUUUUGCAAGAACUAUGCGUCACCGAUCAGUUCAUACGCAAAGAAGAGAUCGACGCGCUCAUAGAACGAUGUCUACGUGAAAAAGUGCAUAUCGAAAGCAAAAGUCAAACGGUCAGUGCAGAAUCUUUGCCGGAAGAAAAUCAAGAGAUCGAAGUCACUGUUGAAAUGCUAAAUGAGACAGACAAGAAUAAGUUAAUCGUUGAGAAUUUUCAAAUACUUGAACAACGUAUUACCAAUUUGGAAGAGCGCAUUUCUACGGUUUUGCAGACGGUGCCGAAAUUACGCCACUUACAGGCGAAAAAAUUCAAAAUCAAUACAGAAGUCAUACGGGAGGAGUUACGCAAUGUUAUGCAAAGAAUGGUCAUUGAUGAUGCUACAAAGCCAGUAACGACCAACGAAGCGAAUACAACUUCGAAGAGUAAUGUCAAUGAAAACAGCACUUUGGCAACGAUAAGUGAUGGCAAAACAGAAGAAACGAUUUUAGAAAAUAAAGUGAAUCCCUACGAUGACAUGUACUACGCUGAGCGUCAAAAUGCUAUGAAUAUACUGAAUUAUAAAAAAUCCAAAGCCACUAUGGAACUCAAUCGCAGGCCAUAUUUAAGUCCACAUAUAAAACCGAUUGUUCAAGAAUUGGGGAAUAUCAAAUUUAAACCCAAACAAAAGGCAGCUUUUAUCACCGAGUAAAAUCGCUAUAUAUACAUACAUAUAUGUAGAUUAGUGAAGUUUCGGAGAUGCAUUUCAUAAAUCAAAUCAAGUCAAAUUUCUAUUAUAUUAAAAACAAAUCUUAGUUUAUUAGCAAACAGUUAUGUGGAAAGCGAAAUAUAAAAAAUGCAAACCGCAAAAUAUUAAAAUGAAAUGUGUCUAUGCAUGUUUCGUAUAUGUAUAUGUAUGAAUGUGUCUGUGUGUAAAAAGUAGUUUAUGAGUAUUUGACUACAUUGUAACAUCAUUUAGUACGGUAUCGCUUAUAUCGAAUAAAUUAUCAUCAUCGGCAAUCA